AUGCCCACGUCGGGCGUUGCGAUUGAGAUGCAGCUGGAGACAAUGCGCAAGCAGUUCGAGUCGGAUCUUUUGCGGGUCCUGGAGCGUGUGCAGGCUUUGGAGGGACGGCUAGACAUGCCGCAUGCGUCUGUGGUGAUUGGCCAGAAGAUGAGCAGCAACGAUAUCGAGCCGACGAAGGAGAACGCCCUAGCCCCGAUCGCAAAGGAGCAGCCGGUGCUGAACAUGCAAUCGGGAGUCACAGAGACCGAAGUCGACGAGGAGGAGACUUGCCUAUCCCCCGUUGAGCAGUCAACAGAGGUCUACUUCGAGGAAAGUGCUUGGAGUAUCCCCGUCUUGGCGGGCAUCAUUGAUGUCAACGUGGGCCUUUUCGAUCGAAUGUUUGCUGGACUCUUGGUUCUGCUCAACUUCUUCAUGCAGGGUGCCUUUUCCUGGGUCCUCCUGACUGACGCCUUCAUUGGUGAGGCAUUCGAAACCCGCGUCGAAAGCGCCAAGAUCUGGCGGACAAGUGUUGCUCACGAUUUCAAGUAUCUGGACCUGGCCGACACCAGUUUGGUGUCCCGAGUUUGCACAGGCGAUGGUGCGUUGAUCUUGUCCACGACGCAGGCAACCUUGAUACAUCAGAUAAACAGCUUUCUCGGCCUCCAGAAAGAACAGUUUGACCACUCCGUCUUUCAGCCUGGCAUUCUGUUGGGCAUGAUUUGUAUUAUCUUAUGGACGCUCUGCGUGUACAAGGACCACAACAGAUUGUGCAAUACUGCAAAGCUUUUGGUUUUGUUUAGCGCUGCUUCGACGAUUCCGAAGAAGCGCAGAACCGUUUUCCGAGACAAUGCCUUCGUCUGCAUGUCCUGGGGACGAUUUUGUGCCCUGUUGGGUACGUAUCUCGCACGGGCAAUCAUUGCUACUGUCCUCUUGGCAGCUGGAAUACUGUGGCUUGCUCGGACCACAUCGAUUGAAGAGCUGAUGUUGAACGCCGUGGCCCUGAAUGCCAUCCUGGACGUGGAUGAGUUUCUGUUCGCGGGCAUGACACCUAUCAAGAUCCAACAUGCCAUACAGAGCUUGAAACCCAUCAAGGUAAAGUACAGCCGCCAGCGCAGUCAGUUGGAAUCCAUUGUGCACUUCGUGACCUUGUCCAUUCUUGUGCUCUUGUCUUACUAUCUCUUAUUGGGCCCCUUGGGCGACACCAUGCUCGCAGUGAAGAAUGAGCUUUGUGGAGGAGACCAAGCCUUCGUGGUUGCAUAUAACUCCGAUACACAGCAAACCUUCGGGCUGAAAACGUCGGAGACACGUGACUAUCAGACCCUUUCGGCGAGUGAGGUUGCAGUGCGGAGCCACAAGGCUACAUCGCCUGAGACCACACCUGGCUCAGGGCCAGCAUAUCUUACAUUUUCUGCGAAUAAAGAUUUGUUUGAGGCGGACAGGACGAGGAGCAUGGCCGCGGAGUCAGCUCUCACGCCCUUCUGCAUAGAGAUGCUCACGGAUCCAUCCAAUCCGCGUUUCAACGAUCCCUCCAUGCAGGCAAUGGCUCAAGUGCGUAUCGAUAUUGCUGCGCUCAGUGUCGGACGGCCAGAUGUCGACAACUGCCAGGGUCUCGGCGACCUGUGUGACACUUUUGAUGCACGCCUGGUGAGAUUGACAUGCGGCACUACCUGUGGAUGUUUAAACCCGUACAGUUCCGCGUGGUACAAGGUGGAAGCUCAAGGCUGCGCCACCGCCUGUCUCAGUGUUGCCGACAUGAGGAUGAUGAACAGUACCUGCCAGGACAUGCCUCCAGAUGACAACUGGAGAAAGUUCUGGACACUCUACCCCUCGGUUCUUUCGUCGUUCUAUGGGCGUGACAUCAGAGGAACCACCUUCUAUGCAGACAUCACUCAGACCGUUAAUGCGAUGAUUUCUGGUGGUUGUCCAGUUCUUGCUCAGUCGCCAUUUGAGUUGAUGACUCAAGCUUCUUGGUGCCAGGGCUUUCCAACUUUGUUCCGUCCGCUCGCUACAGUGUGCCCGCAAACAUGUGGCUGCAAUCUUGCCAACGGAGAGCUUCCAAGCUAUUGUCCCCCCAGCUGCGCAAGGGCUGGCAACAGCUCGUCUGCGUGA